AUGGCCGACACACAUACCGCUUCUGUAGACGAGGCUAACGCCGCCCGUCUCCCACUCGGAUACCGCGACCAGUGCUCUGCCCUGCUCAUCCCGCUCAACAAGUGCAGGAAACAGACACUCUAUGCGCCCUGGAAGUGCGAGGACGAACGUCACACAUACGAAAAGUGCCAAUACGACGACUUCAUCCGCAGACAACGCGAGCUCUCACAACUCAAGAAGGCCAAGGCCGAGGCUGACGAGUAG